UUUAUGCAUGUUUGAGUCAAUAGGGAGAUUGAUUGGUGAUGUGGAAGAAGGUAAAUAAUCUAUGUGGAGCAGACACGGGGUUGAAAACGCAGUUUCAGAGGCUUUGUUUUUAUUGAUCGUUGGUCUAAUUUUUAGAUGUCAACAUGAAGGACGUUGAGUUAAGAGGCAUGUUCUCUACGCACAUAAUUCUCAUCCUCUCGGUCCUCUUUGCUACUUUUGUCCCUUCCUUAUUUUUGGAUAACUUUUCUGUAAUUGAAACGCACCUGCUGUGGCUGUGCAUUUGCUCAGCUACUGUGGCGGCUGUUAGCAUCGUUUUGCAUUCACUACUGGAAAUGAACACUGUAUCGAACAAAAAGAAUUCCUUCAGUCAUAAGGUCUCAAAGACUAUCAAGUCCUGUUUGUUAUUCUUGACUUCUUGUUUAAUGUUUCAUGGAAUUAUAGUAUUAUAUGGAGCACCACUGCUAGUGUCCUUCAAGGAGACUUUUUUAUUUGCUGUUCUAUUAUCUACGUUUACAACAUUUCGAUGCCUCUGUGUGCGGGGACCCAACGUGCAGGCAUGGAUACAUGUCUUCAGUAAAAAUGGUGCUUUGUCUAUCUGGGAUACUAGUCUUCAAAUCACCACAAUUUCCAGUUUGUUUGGAGCUUGGCUUGGAGCGUUUCCUAUCCCACUGGACUGGGACAGGCCCUGGCAGAUGGGGCAGGAGGUGGCUGAUGGGACAGGAAGGUUGGUGGGCCACUUGAGAGGUGGUGAGCUCCUUCUGUCACUUACACAGGGCUUCUGUGUGCUCCUGAUGCAUGCCCAUGAGGUGUGGCCAAUUUCCUGUACACUUGGAGCAACACUUGGAUUCACUAUCAGUCUUGUCAUCGCACCUUUAUGGAUAUACUGGAACAGGAAGCACCUCACAUACAAAUGCAGAUGAUUUCAUCAGUUGGUGAAAAUGCUGUAAUAUUUGGUUAAAUUAGCUUCAUUUUGAAUGGCAUAUGUGGGCAUUUGGCAUCCUUCCAGGGUUAUGUUUUGUAAAGUAAAAUGUUUAUUUGAACGCAUGUGUUCCGAGACAAUAGAAUAUUUUGUGAAAAUCCUUCCAUGAUUUGCUUCCUAAUUUAAAGAGGGGAAAUAAAAAUUGUAGCUUUUGCGAGUGAAAUGACCCCUGAGAAUCUUGACAUUGUACCUUCCAGGGAAAUAAAUUCCUCCAUAUGAUAUUAA